GCGACUACCUCAAAAUAAGUCGCACCUUGACGUCUGCCAUCGGUGUCCAUAAUCAACUUCUUGGUUGCAACAUUGCACCUUGCUGGAGUUUGUCAUAGAUACUGCGCCAUGUAUUUGAAAUAUAUGAAUGAGCGUGAACCAUGCUACACUACUUCAUCUUUCUAGGAGAAACAGUUUCAAGGGUCUUCUGGAGUCUAAAGAAAAAUGCUGAAUCACAGAACAUGCGUUUACAAGAGGCUUACAAGAAUAUGGAGUGAUAGCCAGUGACCAAGACAAAGUGGUAAAGCAAAAAAUCACAACAGCAGUUCUCAUAAAAUCAUUUGGGUGUACUCUUUUUAUCUCUGUGAACCUUUGUUGUAAGAUGGACCUGGAUAACGAUGACCAGGCAGCUGCUAAUGAGCAUGUGUUGCAGAAAACAGAUGAAGAAAGUUCCGUUUUUGCUAAGACCAAAGUCAGUUCAGAAAAUAAUCACCUGUGUGAUUUUCAGCACAUGAAAAAUUGUGCUGAUGAGAGAUGUGAAAGAGUGGAAUAUGAGCCAAUUGGUGGCUGGAGUAGUGUUUCAUUUCUGGAAGAAGUGCGGGUGACUGGGACACAUGCCUCAGACAGAUUAUGUUUGUCAGAAAUUAAAGAAUCAGAUUUACGAAAUAUGAAAGACAGCAGACAAUCACAGGGAGAUAAUAAAAGUGAAAAUGAGGCACUGAUAGAUGAGAUGUUUGAGGUGCCUCCCAAAAUUGUUGGAAUGCACAAAACACCCAUCUUUACCAUGAAAUAUAUGAAAGAAGAAGUUGCAGCUGGGUAUGAGGGAGAAGGGACUCUGGUGAAAAAUAACACCUUUAGCUUGGAAAACUUCGACGAAUUCUCUGCUGCAGUUGAUCAGAAUGGUGAGACUGAUACAGAACAGACUCUUAAGUGCAAAAAGAGGAAAGAUUUCCCUUUGGAGUUGCAGUCUCCUUCUCAAGCAGUGUUUCCUAUACCAUAUACCAGCCUGUAUGAAAAACCCUUAGAUGAAAAUCUGCAGACAUCAUAUUCACAGCCCUUGUCUGAUGGCAAUUUUGUUGCAGUUCCAAAUUCCCUUUCCCACUGCUGUGAGUUCUGUGGGAAAGUGUAUGCCUCCCAUCAUCAGCUGAAGAGACAUACAAAGAACCACACCAUGGAGAAGGUGCACAAGUGUGACCAGUGCAGCACUGCAUUUUUACGUGCUUGUGACCUGGUGCGUCAUAAACGAAUUCAUAGUGGAGUCAAAGAAGUGAAGUGUCCAGACUGCUCAGCACAGUUUGCUCAAGCGAGCGAUCUCAACAGACAUAGAAUGGUCCACACUGGUGAGAGGCCUUUUAAAUGUGAGUUUUGUGAUGCAGCAUUUUCACGGUCAGGCAACUUGAACCAGCACAGGCGAACACACACUGGUGAGAAGCCUUACAAAUGUGAGGACUGUGGUGCUGCAUUUUCACAGGGUGGGCUUUUAACAAGUCACAGACGAAAACACACAGGGGACAUGAAACACAUCUGCUUUGAGUGUGGAGCUGCCUUUACACAGGGUGGAGACCUGACAAAACACAAGCGAAUUCACAGUGGUGAACGGCCAUUCAAGUGUGAAGAAUGUGGUAAGGGUUUUAUGCAGUCUGGACAUCUUAUGCAGCAUCGUCGAACUCAUACAGGAGAAAAACCAUUCAUUUGUAAAGUGUGUGGUGAGGCAUAUAAACAGGCCAGUCAUUUAGCAAAACAUUCUUUGAAACACAGCAAGGAGUAUACCCAAAAGAAAACACGAAGAAUACAACUACUGAGCCAUCAAGUGGUUGAGCACAGGUUUAAGAUAAUGGAGAACCACCAAAGUAUAGAAAUCUCGGAGUCCCAGACAUUGCAUUUGAAGGCUGAACUUGAGGCCAUGAAAGCCGAGCGCAGAGCUUUCGAAGAGGAAAAGGAAAGAAUAAAACAGGAGAAAGAAGCUCUGGAGGCAGAGAAAGAGAAGAUGCGGGCAGAGAAGGAAGCAAUGAUUGCAGAAAAAGCAGCUCUUAGAGCAGUGCAGGAAGCAGUGGAUGCUGUUAAGAAGAUUCUAAAAAAGAAGGAUGCCAAGCGGGUAGAGCUAGCUUUAACAGAGGCCAAAAUCUUGAAUGGUCCAAAGGUGGCUCUAAAAUCUAAGCCAAAGACGGCUGUUAAAAGAGUGACACGAAAUUUGCGAGCUAAAACAUGCAAAACUUUCAAGAGCAGCAAUGAAAAAAAUCAAUUGGAAGAGAAAACAAAAGAGGAAAUAAAACAUCCUUUAUCUAGCAGUGAAGAUGAGCUAAACGACUUGACAGUCAGUUUUGUGGAGUCUCUUACACCAGCAGCAGCAGAUACAGAGAACACAUCACACUCUACACCUGAGUUGAAAGCAGCAACUGCUGAAGAACCCUUGAACUCUGUGACUACAGGCCUUCAGCCCAAACGACCACUUGUAUGUGACACUUGCCAGAAAGAAUUCUAUUUUCCAUCACAGUAUGCCGUUCACAUGAAAACUCAUACAGGUCACAGAUCCUACACUUGUCAAGAAUGUGGAGCAUCAUAUUCCCGAGCAGGCAACCUGGUUGUUCACCUACGCAAACACUCAUCUUCUGAUGAAUUUCAGUGUUGCAAGGAGUGUGGACUAACUUUUCCUACAUUUCUUGCAUUAAAGAAGCACAUUCACAUUCAGCACAGUCAUGGCAGGCGCACGCGACAGCAUGAGUGCUCAAAGUGCAAAGAGGUGUUUUCUAAGUCUUCCAGUUUGGCCAUUCACAUGGCUGUGCACACAGGUGGUAAACCUUUCAAGUGUACAGACUGUACUGCCACCUUCACAUCCCAGUGCAACCUGAGCAUUCACAGGCUCAAGCAUGUGGGACAAAAGCCAUUUAAGUGUACAGAGUGUGAGGCAGCUUUCACAAGGUCAGCUGAUCUGAGGUCCCAUCUUCGCAAACAUUCCACAGUGAAGCCUUACAAGUGCAUGGUUUGUGAUGCAGCCUUUUGUCGACCUGGGGAUCUUAAACCUCACAUGAGAAUCCACACAGGAGAACGACCCUUUCAGUGUGAAGUGUGUGGUGCGGCUUUCUCAACAUCCUCAAACUUGUCAGUUCAUCGCCGCACCCAUACAGGUGAAAAGCCUUUUCAGUGUGAAAAGUGUGGUGCAGCCUUUUCACAGCUUGGCCAUUUGACACGUCACAAACAGCAGCACGCAUCUGAGCAGCACUUCAAAUGCAGUGUGUGUGGCUCUGCAUUUGGCAACGCAUACCACCUGAAAGUUCACAUGCAGCGUCACAACAGUGAAAACACUUUCCGCUGCAAGUGUGGUGCAGCCUUUUCCCGUGCUAGCAUCUUGACGGAGCAUAUGAGAAUUCACACAGGAGAAAAACCAUACAAAUGCUCGGAGUGCCCAGCAGCCUUUGCAAGGUCAGCAAACCUUGCUGCUCACAAACGAAAACACACAGGAGAACGACCCUACAAAUGCAAACAUUGUGGCUCAGCAUUCACCCAGUCAACUUCAUUAAAUCGACACUUGCAAUCCAAACAUGCUUGUCCUGGUCUUCGCGAUGGCAGAGUGCAACAUGAAACUGAACAAAUAGAAGAAAAAAGCAAUGAUAUAGACACCACAGAUGAAAGUGCUACGUCUAGCAGGGAUGAAAAUGGCAUGAGCUGUCCUCAGAACUUUGAUAAUACAAAUGAUGCUGGGGUUUCCACUGAAAGUAAUGAGCACAUGGCUGUAAGAGAGAACAACAUGCCAGAUUCUAUAAGAGAUGGUAUUAUGCUGGAUUCCACCAGGGAAGAACUAAGCAGUAUUCCCAGACCUGAUACUGAUGCAUCUGGUAUGUGUAUUUUGGGACUUGGUGCUGCCAGCACUAAUACUGUCUUGAGAAAUCCAUUAAGUACUUCAUUAAACUAUCAUCCAGGUGAGAGGGGAGGGAACCCCAUAGCGGAUGCACUAACAGCUAUUAGCAAUCUUAGCAGCAUUGGCGUAGGUAGCUAUUUUCAUCCCCAGCUGACCUCAUCGCAGUCCAUGCAACACAGGCAAGUUGACUGACUUUGACCAUAGUGAUGUAUAUUUUGGUGAGCAAUCUUAGGACAAAUUGCAUAGAUGGAUCCAAGAAAAAUAUUAAUUUUUCAGACAAAAUUUUCUAUGAGCUCUCAGAUUUUUCUCGUGCACUUGUUGAAAAUGCUUAAGUUACAUUAAGAAGAACAAUCAAAAUGCAUGUUUUAUGCCAGUGCCUUGGAAAGCACCAUAUCACUCAAAGCAAGAUAAAUUGGUUGGAUAGAGCUAGUAAAUCCAUGCCUUUGAGAAAACAAAAAGCUGCCUUGCCAUAUUACACACAGGUUAUCAGUUUUCACCAAAACAGCCGAGAAAAUUGACUGUGACACAGUGUCAUCACCAUAUUAUGCACUUGUAUUUGGAUUAUAAAUUUCUCAUAGAGCUGCUGUGGAUAUAGGUGUUGUAGUCUGAGGGAAGUUGUCCACAUAACAGUUUGGUCACCGUGGAGAAUAUCGUCUCUUCAUUUAAAAAUUAUUUUAUAGCGGAACAAGAUAUAAAGAUUCAGCAUUUUAUAAUCUUCAUCCUCCUGGUAUUUAACUGAGCAGAACAAUUAAUGAAGAUUUAAGUUUCAGAAUGAACAAUUGUGGAAUACAAGCUAAAUUAUAAAUUCAUAUGAUAAUUGGCAUUUAUAAAUUUUAUUAUGCACAUCUGCCAAAAUGCUUGUGGAUAUGUUGACAUUGUAGUUUUGUUUUACACUGGCCUAAUAGUUUGCUGGAAAAUUUAAAGAAUUUUCAGUAGCAUAUUUUCUGAAUAUUUAUUUUUAAUAACUGAAUUCUUAUGACCAUAUACAUUUUGUUUGCAUGUGUACAUGCACAUGCAUAGUUUUGUGAUUCAGUGUUGUUUUCUUAUCUCACAUAAGAGUGCACAGUGGUUAAGGGUUUGUUACAAAUACAGUGGUGGACAGGUAUCCAAAGCUAAAUUAUUGACUUGUGCAUGCUGUUAGUUCUCUGCAUGUGGUACCUGUUUGCAGAUUUAGUUAACGGCUCACAUAAAAGAUUAAAAAUCCUCUCCUCCAUGCACACGUAAUUUAAAGCAUUUGGAUAAAUGGUACUAAGAAAACAUACCAUAAAUCCUGAAAAAAAUAUGGCACCAUCAAGGUUGUCUUUGUAUAUGAUUAUCUGGUCGUCUCAGGGAGACUGUAUUUGUGAUGGACCAAAACAACUCUUAACUGGCAUGCCUCAACUAGUCACAUUCUUUGCAGAGGAUAAGUAGGUCAAGCAGCCAUGUUCUGUGGCUUAGCCGCUGCUAGAUUUGCAUGGAGUAUUUUAUGCUAAUGAGGGUAAAAUGUGCCAAAACAAAACCUAUGAAAAUAACUUGACAAGUAUCAAGGCAGGUAAAUGGAGAUAUUUUAUAAUUUCAUCUUUUUUUCACUAAAUGCAGCUUCUUCAGGAACAGUGCAAAGGAAACUUUGUGUUUGGAGCUGCUGUUGGGAGUUUUCUUGGUUUCAGUAGAUUAAAAGGCAGUCCAUAGUAACAGGUUCACAUUCCUUGUCUCAUGUAUUUGUUACACCCAUGUAUCAUCAUGUAACAGUUUUAAACUUUUUUUCAUCCUAAGAACACAUCUAGAGCAUAUGGUGCCCCUAAUUUUUACAAAAUCUUAAAAAAUGGGAAAAAACUUGAUGACACAAGGGAGAUGGUACUUUUCUAAAGGGUCAUUGCAGCGGUAUUAAGUCAACAAAGGCCAUAUUGGUCAGUUUGCAGGUAAAGUCUCACAUUUUCAAAGCUAGUCAGAUCUACAUAUCCUGCUAUCAUGUGCCAGUCUCCUUGCACUACACUUUAAGAUAAAUGUUUUCUCUUUAGAGACAUACUAAUGAUUUUCCUAGUCCUGCCAAUGCUCUUUUACUUGUGUCGUGUCCUACCGGACCAUCUACACAACUUUUGUACUUGUAAACAAGGAACAGGAUAUGCAUAAAAAAAUGAGAGAAUAUCAUGAAAUUUUCAUUAAGAAAAAAAGAUUUAAAGGUUACAUGUUUGUCUCAGUAAUUCUUUGAGGUUUGCCGGCUUCGAACAUCUAGUCAAAUAUAGCAUUAAUAACCUGUUGACUGACAUUUUCCACAUUUGCUUUUAGUUUGUGUAAAAACUGGAAGGUCAUAUUUGGCUUAAAUAUUGAUUUUACCUUGACACAAUGUAAAGAUAUCAAAAAAUAUCUUUCUCUUCCAUUUAACAUUUAUUUUGAGAAUGCAUUCAAGAAUGCUAGGAUGCACAUGAUGAUGUGGUCAUCUAGAAUAACAUUUCUUCAGGAAACUAAAUAAAUUGGAGAUAAUCAUACUGAUGAUGCACAUUUGAGCUGUCUGUCAAACUCAGUGGAUUAAAUAACUGUUAUCAGCAAUAGGAAUCCUUGGCAGUAAUUAUAUGCUAGGCCUAAACAAGAAGUAUUUUUAACAGAAUAUUGGGUUUCUUCCCUUCCUACUUUCUUUGCUGCCCUUUCAUGGACUUUGGCAGACACGAUAAAUACCAAAUACACGUAUAUAAACUGUCUUGGAGAAUUGCUCACAAUUUCAACAUAAGUGUUGGACCCAGUUUACAGUCUAAUUAUGUGUGGAGUAGUUCAUUUGAAUAGCGUUGGACCUGGAAAACAAUCUUCACCACUUCAGUAUUGGCAUUAAUUUUUUCAUAUGUAUUAUUAUCAUUACGUUUACUUGUAUCUCUGUCCAUGCAACAGAGACCAAAAUACAUUGACAUGGACAGCCAUGCUGUCAAACAGUAGCAGUGAUGGCAUUAUGAAAUCAGUUUCAACAGCCCUGCUUGUCAGCUAUAGCAUAAAUUGUGUAAUUUUAUACACAUUUAUGCCUGAAAUUGCUGUUCAAAAAGUAUGUAAAGCUGUUAAGUCAGCUUCUAACCUAGUCAUCAAUUCAGUGAUUUUUUUCACUUGCCCCAUUAAGCUAUAAUCAGAUGAAAUUGGGCAAGUAAAAGUUGCCUUGUCAUAUGCAUUCACAAGUGACGCGGUCAUGCUGGCUGCUUUCACAAAAAUAAAGAUGCGUUUGCAUGCAAUUGCUACCACUGUGAAACUGCUGAUAGAAUGACAUACCCUUUGCACCUACAAUAUAGAAUGAAUUUUAAAAAAAUUUUCUUGGACAAUAAAACAAUAUUUGUUUAUGUU